AUGAUUUCCUUAGCGUGGAAUCUCAUCCGUACUUCUCAUCAGUUGGCAGGUUUUCGCAAUCUGAGUAUGCUCCCUAGCGUUGGAUGCCAGUUGGUUGAGCGGUGGCAAGCAGGGUUCGUAUCGAUUCUGGCUUCAGCCGUGGACAUGGAUAGGCUCACUCAGUUGCAACGUAGUGGGCAAGCCGGAAGAGCCGGUGGCACCAUGGCAGCCGGACAGGGUCGAGCCUCUCUCCUGAACUUUGGUAGUCAGGUCGCUGCAUUCUACUUUGUCAUUUGGACCAUCCUGGAUGAAAUAAUGGACAAGUUGGAGCGCCUCACCUAUCACUGUCGCUUAUUGGGAGUAACCUUUUUGAAAAAAAAACGCGAGUCUAGCGCUAGCUACUCCACGAUUGCUUGGUUGAGUGAAUCGAUUGAACCUCACCUUGGUUUGGCAGAGUUCCUGAUUCACAAGCUGAUGACAAGAUAG